AAUUAGCGUUUCUUGAAAAACAAUAUUUGGUUUCAAUUGUAAAAACUUGGAAAACAAAUCCGAAUUUCACGUAAUUCAUGAUGUCGAACUUGCUAGAACGCAACUGCAGUCCCGUGCUAUCCCCGGUCGAGGACUUGGAAGAUGGGGAAAUAUUGGACAUGGGAGAAGCCGUGAAGAACCUUACCGUAGAGGCCUUCAAUGAUGGCUACGAUGAUCAGUUGAUGGGCGAUGCUGAGGACCGCGCCCGUCUCCAGGCCAUGAACGAGCUGGAGAGAGAAAAGGAGCUGUAUCAAAGAAGCAUCCGACGCGAGGAAUUGCAGCGCAAGUGGUACAUCCGAUGCCAAUUGGCAAAGGAGCGUGAAGUUUCUGUUGCUAUUGAGGCGGAUCCUGGCGUGAAGGAGCGCUCUCAUAUCCGUCGUCAGCUACUCGCUACCCAGCGUGCUGGAAACACGAAAGCGAACGCUUUAGAACGUAGCAAUAAGACCAAGGAAAAGUGGGUCGAGCCUGUUGAUGAUCAGCCGGAAGAGCCCGUGCCAUCAAAAAAGAUUCGCAAAGUGAAGCUAAAGGGCCACGAGGCUCAUUCGGACCAACAUGAGCCCAUUGACGAACAGCAGGAAAAUCCCGAGCCGUUGAAGAAGAAUCACAAGGUAAAGUUAAAGGCCAUAGAUGUAUAUUCGGACGACUCGUCGAGCAGCAAUAGUGAUGUCAGCUCCAGGUCGCCUGAACAGUCCCCUAGGGGAAGCAGCAACGCCAGCGACGAGCCUGUGGUCACCACUCGAGAGCAGCUAAGCCAGGCCAUCUUGACACGCAGCCAACUGGAAAGCCUUUUAGACAAGCCAAUCUUUGAGAAGACGGUUACCGGUUGCUUUGUGCGAGUCAACAUUGGUUUCGUGGGUUUGGCGAACGUGAACCGCAUCUACCAGAUCGUCGGUCUGCAUCAGGAUAGAAAGGUUUACCGGCUGGGUGGUAAAAGCACCAAUCUCAUUCUCCACUUGCGGUACGGCGUUCAAGAGUGCCCAUCUUCGAUGGAUGUGGUGUCCAAUCAGCCAGUUACUCAGGACGAAUUCUACAUGUGGAGUGGGACCUGGCAAUGCGAUCUAAAAUUCUUGCCCCUCCUCUCCGAGAUAGCCAAGAAGCAGGAGGACAUCGUAAAUGCAAUGCAGUACGAGUUUACAGAGGAAGAUGUUGUGAAGCUGAUACAGUCUAAGCGACAGACUGCCCCAAAGCGGGUGACCCUAGCAUACAAAAAAGUAUGUUUAUUUAUGGAACGUGACCAGGCCCUGGGUCAGAACGACAUGGAAAAAGUGCAGUCAAUUGAUAAAGAAAUCCAGGAGCUGGACGGGCCGUCUGGUGGGCAGUUGGAUAGCGUCAAGGUGCCCUCUCAGUCGCUGCCGCAGCCGCAGCUAGCCAGGAUGAACACCCACGUACCUCUCAUUUACUCCGCUACCCCUUGCACCAAGAAAUGCCGCACCGACCGUCCGCCCAAUCCCGACGACUUCCAAUUAGAACGACAUAUGCGACGUAAGUACAAGAAAAGCUCCGUAGUGAGCAGAAGUCGUGUGGAGAUUGAGGCGGAGGACUGGGGCGGUGAGGCGGAUGAGGAGGACGAGGAAGAUCCAAUGGUGGCCGAUCCUCACCUAGCUGCGGCUGCGACUGCGACACCAGAAGAAUUUCCGGAAGAGGAUGAGCAAAAGGUCAAUCUGCGCGACUUACACAAUUUUAAGGUUAACAUUAACAUCUCAUCAUUGGUUCCAUUUACCACUAUUUUUAAGGAUCUGAAGUUUGGCAGUAGUAACUAAGCAAUUGUCAAGUAGUAACAUUUCCAUAUUGUCCUUAGAGCCAAUGCCCUAAUGUGCAAAGUGAGUACCUCCGUCCCGACCUCCUCACGACUUUUGCUUACUGCGGAGCUUUUCUUGUACUUACAACGCAUAUGUCGUUCUAAUUGGAAGUUGUCAGGAGGUCGGUCGGCUUUAC